AUGGUUUCUAAAAGAUAUCAAGAGGUAAAUUUUGAAAGAGUUCAAGAUGACGAAGGGAACAUCACUGUAGGUGCAAAGCAUCAUGAAGUUUCCAAGUACCCAGAGUACUUGCCAUCUUGGAACAAGAAGGAAUUCUAUCCCCCACUCGAAUUUAAGGAACACCACGACAGGGGAAAGUUUGCUGACCCUAAGUUCCCCAAUUUGCUUCCAAGUGGAGCUUCUACCAAGAGCGUUACCCCAAAGUUGGGAGUUGAAGUAGAGGGGGUACAAUUGUCCUCGCUUUCUGAUCAAGGAAAGGACGAAUUGGCCUUGUUAGUUGCUCAGAAGGGUGUCGUUAUCUUCAGGGACCAAGAUUUCUUCCAGCAGGGACCCAAGUUCGCUACUGACUAUGUGAGAUACUUCGGUCCAUUACACAUCCAUCCUACUUCAGGCGCUCCUAAGGGCCACCCUGAGCUUCACGUUGUUUACUAUCGUAAGGACAACACCAGCGGUGACAGAAUUAUUAGAUCCAAUAGAACUAAUUUAAUUCAAUGGCACUCCGAUGUCACUUACGAGUUACAGCCACCAGGUACUACCUUUUUUGGAAUCCUUGAAGGUCCAAACUCUGGCGGUGAUACGUUAUUUACUGAUAGUGUUGAAGCCUACAAUAGGUUAUCACCUGCAUUCAAGGAGAGAUUAGAAGGUUUGUAUGCAUUGCAUACAUCCCAUGACCAGGCACUCAACUCUAGGAAUGACAAGGGAAUCGAGAAGAGAGAUCCAGUUAACAACAUUCACCCAAUUGUCAGAGUUCACCCAGUUACCGGUCAAAAAUCUUUAUUUGUUAAUCCAGGAUUCACUAGAAAGAUUGUGGGAUUCAAAGAGGAAGAGAGUGAUGCUUUAUUGAGUUUCUUGUUCCAACACAUUGGUAAUUCACAUGAUUUCCAGCUUAGAGCUAAUUACGAAGAGAAUACAGUUGUCGUUUGGGAUAACAGAAGAGUCACCCAUGCCGCAGUUUUCGACUGGCAAGAUGAAGAUGCUGGAAGACAUGCAGUUCGUAUCACUCCACAAGCGGAACGUCCAGUUGCAGACUUAGCAGAUUUAAACAAGUUCAGUAAGAACAAUGAUACUGGUGAUUAUACUUACAGAACUUUUGGUUGA